AACUAGAUCUUUGUUCCGCUUCACUUCCUGUAUCUGGUUCGCGUCACGCUGCAAAGGAAAACUUGCUGAUCACGUCUCAGUUUAUAAAAACAUUUUAUUCCAGCACAUUUGUUAUUUUUGCUCGCGGUUUGAAUCCACGAUGUACGGCCACGGGCACAGCUGCGGGUCCGAGGGGGAGCACGAACCCGCGGAAAGGGGCCUGGAGUUCGGACUGUACAGCCGCAUCGACCUGGAGAAGCUGCAGUGUCUGAACGAGAGCAGGGACGGAGACGGAAAGCUGGUUUUCAAACCGUGGGACCAGCGGAACCAGCGAGACAAGUACGUUGAGAGUGACACAGAUGAAGAGCUGCUGUUCAACAUCCCUUUCACCGGCAGCGUGAAGCUGAAAGGAAUCAUCAUCUCUGGAGAAAACGACGACUCUCAUCCGGCUGAGAUUCGGCUAUACAAAAACAUCCCUCAGAUGUCGUUUGACGACACCGGCAGAGAACCUGAACAAGCCUUCAGACUCAACCGAGACCCUCAGGCUGAGCUGGAGUACCCAACAAAGAUCGCUCGUUUCUCCAACGUUCAUCACCUGUCCAUCCACAUCUCGAAGAACUUCGGAGCAGAGAACACCCGGGUGUACUACAUCGGUCUCAGAGGAGAAUACUCACAGGCUCACCGACAUGAAGUGACCAUCUGUAACUACGAGGCAACGGCAAACCCUGCAGACCACAAAGUCGACAACAUCGUCCCAAAAACCAACUUCAUUUCCUGAGAGGAGGAGGAGGAGGAGGUUUCAGAGGCGUUCGCUGGCUGUCAGAACGAUGAGUCCGGUGCUGUGUUCAGGAGCUGAGUCCAGCUCAAACUGAGGGAGAGCUCAGCUCUUGAAGACCAGCGAGCUUCACUUGUUUCCAAGAGCACCGCUGCCUCUGUUUCCGUGGCAACACUUGAUGUGAUUUAACAGUAAAAACACAAAAGGUUUGAUGCACGGAAGAUGUUUGACGCUUUUGAAUAAAAACACUGAUUGCUGAGAGGAUAAUGAA